AUGGGUCAACGUAUUGGUAAAGUUUUGUAUAAUAUCAAGAAACCGAAAGGCACUAAAGAAUUUGAGGGGAGUGGCACUGAAGAAUUUGAAAGAAGAAGUAUUGAGGAAUUUGAAGGAAGUAGUACCAAGGAAUCUAGAGUUGAUGAUGGGUUUGAGACUGCCGAUUUGCGUCAGAUGACGCCGGCCUACAUUAUCGGCCCAAUCUUGAUCGGAUUGAGAAUUAUCAGCCUGAUCAGCGGUUUGGGAAUCGGUGGUUUGACUUAUAUUACAUUAAAUUCUUAUUUAAAUUUAGAAUUUGGAAAAAGUGAAAAUGCAAUUAUAGAUGAUUUUAUUCUUAAAAAUGGAUUAAAAUGGAUUCCUUAUAACACAUUUAGAAAAGUUGAAUAUUUUAAUGAAGGAGGAUUUGGUACUAUAUAUAAAGCUACUUGGUUAAAGAAUAAUAAAGAUGAAAAAGUAAUUCUUAAAUGCCAUAAGAAUUUAAAUGAAAAUUUAAAUGAAUUUUUAAAAGAAUGGGAAUAUCAUACAACUGUUUUAAGUUCAAAUGAUAUUAUAUAUUUUUAUGGAUUUACAGAAGAUCCAAAAACUUCAAAAUAUAUGGUAGUAAUGGAUUAUGCAAAUAAAGGUAAUUUAAGAGAAAAUUUAACAAGAAUAGUUGAAAAUAAUUGGAAUCAAAAAUUAUAUAUGUUGUACGAAAUUAUUUCUGGGCUUAGUAAGAUGCACGAAAAAAGUCUUAUUCAUUGUGAUUUUCAUGAUGGCAAUAUUUUAAAUCAUAAUGAUAAGAAUAAGGACAAAUUUUAUAUUAGUGAUUUAGGAUUAUGUCAACCUGUAAAAUCGGUUUUGAAAGAGUAUGAUAUUUAUGGUGUUAUACCAUUUAUGGCUCCUGAAGUUUUAAGAGGCCAAUCUUAUACUACAGAGAGUGAUAUAUAUAGUUUUUCUAUGGUUAUGUGGGAAUUUACAUCUGGAGUACCACCGUUUAAUAAUAGAGCACAUGAUUUUCAACUUAGUUUAAGUAUCUGUAAAGGUGAACGUCCAGAAAUUAUUGAAAAUACUCCACAAUGUUAUGUAGAUUUAAUGAAAAAAUGUUGGAAUGAAGAUCCAUUAAAAAGACCAUCUUCUAAAGAAGUAUUAAAAAUUAUUGAAAAUUGGAUUUUCCGUUCUUAUGGAGUCAGUGAAGAAUUAAAAAGCAACAUUAUAGAAUUUAUAAAUGCACCAAUUGGACAUAACAACCUUUCUACUAAAUCUCAUCCUAAAGCAUGUUAUAUAAGUCGAUUACUUGAUUUUACUGGUAAAAAAUUGAAUGAAGUUCUUGAUAGUGAAUAUUCACAAGCAUAUGAUUGUGCAAUUAGAGAUUCAAGACCAUUAGAUGAAAAUACUAGUAAAAAGAUGAAUCAAAUUCUUGAAAGUGAAGGUUCACAAGCUAGUGUAAAAGCAAAUGCUAGUAAAAUUAGUGCUCCGAAUGAUACGAGUCAACCUGGGUUAAUUUGA